AUGGCGCCGCGGGCAAGCUUCGCUACCGAAUUCCUGUUGCGUGAGCUGCUCUCUGCUCUCGGUGCACCCCUCACCGUCGACUCUGCACCCGCGGACAGCUUCUCUGAGAGUCUUAGUGAAGAUACUGAGCCGCAAUCCGCUGCCGAUGGUGUCCAGUCUCGUGUCAUGCUCGUACGCCGCACCAACAGCUCCCGACACACCGCAACGCUCGUAGACCGUGAGUAUGACGUCGAGGCGUUCAUUCCAAGUCACGUGACCGCUAUAUUGCAGAAAGAACGCGGCUAUCAGACACUCGGACGGCUACGAGGCAGCGUCAUACGCAUCACCAAGUACCACUUCGCUACAAUGACGCGCUGUCUGUCCGCAGACAAGCAGAACCGAGCGACGUCAGUAUCUGCACCCAAUGUAAGCACAGGAGACGCUCGCGUUUAUCUGUGGGUGGACGCACUAGCUAUCGUGGAGGACAAUGAACUGGCCGUCCAGCCACACCCUGGCGUGUACAGUCAUCCUUUAGUGGAAGAGCGACUAAAGUCAUUAAGUGACUCGGAGUUGGAGAAACAGCUGAUGAUUAAUCAAGGACUCUAUCCUCUUAAAACCACUACAAGCGACAGAUUCGAUGACGACCGACCGCUUUUGGACGAGGAUUGUGUCAUCCCGGAGGACCAGGAGCAGGAACUGGAAGAGCAGGACGAAUGGGGACCACCAACCGCUUUGGAACGACAGCCAACCGACUCGGAACUAAUUGAGGAAAAUGGUACUGUGCCGAUACCCGAGUCGCAGGUUGUUCGUGGCCCUGUGUCGACGCAGGACUCGACGGUGUCGUCGAGGAAUCUGUCAGUGACGCUGUCGGGGAACCCGUCGGUCUCGUUGAGUGGCGAGUCCUCACUAGACGGCCAGAGGUUCCACUUUCAGCAGGAGAAUAUCCUAGAGACAUUUGUACCUGGCAGCGAUGUGGAAAGCAGCGAUACAAAAGAUCUAGACGAUGAAUUGGAAGAAGCAGAGACUAGCACGCCGAAGUCUGGGAGAAAAGCUCGAUCCAAUACAAAACAUUCGCCUGCGGAUUUUAGCCCAGCGCCGACGCAAGCGAUAGCUGACCUGACUGAGAACUCUACUCGAAAGCCUCCUCAAUCGACAACUGCUACUAGAAGAAAUGGGGUCAGAAACAAGAAGGAGGAAGCUACUACUGAUGUCGAUGGUUCAGAAGAAGCUGCUACUGAUCCGCAUAAUUCUUCGCACACAUUGUCGAAGACACAUCACCCAACAAAGAAGCAACCAACACCCAAACGAUGGCCUGAAAUUUUUAAAGUGCUGAACCCGCUGAACAUUUUUACCUCUAAAUCCACCGAAGAUGGCGGCGCCAGCCUCUCUGAUGGAGAAGAAGGAGAAUCGCUUGGAAAUGACGAGCAAGUAACGCAAAUUCUGGAUCAACAGGACAAGGUGGAGGACGAGGAAGAGCUUAAUGACACUGAGGGCAAGCUGGCUCCAGAGGAGUUCAUGUCGUCUCAAGCGACUGUUGUGUUGCAGUAUGCUGUGGAUAAUGACGAAGAUGCCAACGCUUUCGAGUACGAGGGUAUGACGUCUCCCAGGUCAGUGAUUAUCGAGCACGACGAGGAGGAAGCGCAAUCAGCAGAGCGAGAGCAAACAGACUGGGCCGACGAUCUGACGUUGACUGAAGAGGGAGCUGAAGUGGCAGUCACCCCGCAGAAAAAGUCCGAGUCGCAGAGCGAUGCUGCCGACUUCAAAACCCCUUCGCCGUCCGGGCAUGUCUCGACGCCAGGCACAGAAAAGAGAGCGGGGGGGACGUCAACGAUAUCGACAGCAGCUCUAAAGACUCCGACUGAUAAUAACGACCUUCCUACUUCCCCUCCAAGCUCCAAAGAGCCUGUUCUACCGACCGAUCCGUCAGGACAACUAUCUCCAGGUAAAAGCCCAUCGACGCUCGUAAUAUCGGUUGGCUCUGCUGGGUGUAGCUCGAACCGGAUUAACCGUACUGGUUUCUCCACUACCAUGCCUCGAGGUUCUAAGCGUCGUCUUCAGCAAACUACCUCCGAUGGCCCAUCGCCUGUAACUACGUCUGAAAAAGACAAUGCGUCAGAAUCGAAUGCACACAAGGAAGCUCAUUCACGCACUAAACAGAAGCGUCGUCGACGCGAUUUCCUCUCUGAAGGAUCCCAAUCUCCUCAAUUCGAGCAACCAACAGCGCCUUUGCUUCCACAACGGAACCUUCCACCUGAUCGCCGGACUGUCGUCACGGAUAGUUAUUCACUCGAUGCGGUGUGUCGGUCACUGGGCUCUAAUGCACGACAUCAACAUAAUGAAGAGACUCACGCGCGUUCAUCACAACCACGUCGUGCUUGGAAACGAUACGAGAGUCUCUUCCCGCCACUGAAUAUGAAUCGAUUAAAGCAGAUGAUGGCGGAAGGCAAACGCAACAAAUAGGGGGCUAGGAAUCACACCACCAACGUAUUUUCUUUUAAGUCAAGUUCCAAUACACAUAAUACGAAUGGCUACUACAGUAGCUACGGUA